CACAGGUUUACGUGCUUAAUACAGGGACUUCCACAGCCUUUUCAACAGCGCUGCGGACGAAUUCACGAAUUUACCUGGAAUGAUGGCGAGCAGAAAUGAAGUACCAAGAGACACUUUUGAGGAAGAGGAGCCUCAUCUGACUCAUUCUUUUGACUGGAGUUACAUGAAUAACAAAUCUAAAUAUACCUGCAAUCAAGUGCAAACUAUUAAGGACUGCCUGAAGAAAAGUCCAAAAUUCUGCAAAGCUGCAGAAAAACAGGAGGACAAAGAGCUUGUUAUUGUAAGAAAUGGGAAAGUGAUAGCUUCACACUUUCCAUGCAGCAUAAUUAAAGAUGAAUGUCUGAUUCUGAAGUUUGUGAAAGCUGUGGAGAACCCACAGGAACCAGUUAGUGGCUCUGGUUGUCCCUACACUAGUGGACGAUCUAGCAAGCUUGUGAUAUUUCAUGUGUUGACAAGGGGAGGUAAAAAUGUUGUCAAAAUCCUGAAAAAUCCAGUACUAAAAAAAGAAAUGCAGGAACUUACAGUUUACGCAUACAAAAAUGAAACGGUAGAGCAAGCCCUACGAAGAGAUGGUCGUUUUCUCAGUACAGUGUUCAGUAAGAACUGUGUGCUCUCUAACACAAGCACUGAAGUAGAGAUAGAGAUGUGCAUUUUGGUUGACGAUAUCGAUGGUGAGACUUUCAAGAUCAAAUUGCUUGACAAUUCCAAUCCACCAGAAAGUCAGCCUGGCAGUCUUGAUGACGCUUACGUGCUGCAGAGUGAAUCUCAGGCAAGUGAUUCUGGUGGCAAUGACGAGCUUUCACAGCAGACUAACCCAGUCAAGUCAGAGACCGACAACACAGUAGAAAAAAAAACAGAUCUCUGUGGAAAUAUGGCUCCAGGAAACCAACUGCCUGAUUUUAAAAAGCUGCACGUUGAUUUGUCUGCACAGUUUAACAUUUUGGUAAAAGGCGAGAAAGGUCAAGUUCCUAAGCUUUCCCACAUCCAGAAUCUUUUCCGUCUGGAGUUUGGGAGCAGUGCUGAAAGAUGUCAAGAUGUGAAAACAAUGAAGAAGCUCAUGGAACUCAGUAAUUCUGUUUGUCAAGUGAGAAUUAAUGGGAAACCACGUGGAAGUGGUUUCCUCCUGUUUGGCAAUUUUGUCCUCACAAAUGCCCAUGUUAUCCGAGACUUCUGUAAUGAUAACGGUGGGCUUAAGGAGAAGGUUGCUGUGACUUUCUCUUUUGAAAGUUUGGAGGAGAAAGAUGGCCUGAUAGAUGUGGAAGAGGUUGUUGGUAUUGAAUAUAUUCCUGAAGUGUCAGGGACUGACUGGGCUUUGUUAAAGCUCAGUACUGAUCAAAAUUUGCCUGAUGGUCUCUUAAAACACAGUGCAUUCGUUCGCCACAGUGGUGGGAUUUGUAUUAUUGGAUAUCCAGGUGAAAGUGUCAAAAAAAUCGAUGUCUGUUUGGUUGUUUCACAAAACGACCGUAGGCAGGUUGCAGAGAGGCACUGGAGGGAUAACCAAGACUGUGUUCAACUUCUUACUGAUCGUUUCUUUGAACGUGCGUCAGAUUAUGUUGAACAACGCAAACACCUUCUGACUUACGAAUCUUGUUUAUAUGAAGGCUCCUCUGGCUCUCCUGUCUUUAACGAGGACGGCAAUGUUGUUGCAAUGCAUACAGGAGGGUAUCUAUACAAUGAUGCAAAGGGUCAAAACCAAAGUGUCAUAGAGUAUGGGUAUCCUUUUAUCAACAUAAUUGAACGCAUCAUUAUUCAGAUGGUGGAGAGAAAAAAGUUUGAUGUGUUGAAGGAAUGCCUCGCUUGCAAAUGCGAUCGACAGCAAGACUUUUUGGUUGGUGUGAAAAACCACUUUGAGAGCAGAAAUCUCACCAAGUUUAAAGAUGAGAAAGUAGAUGAGAGUUUGAAGACUUUCUUUGAAUUCUUGUCUUCACCUGAGCCCAUGGAUUUUGACUAGUUGUAAUUUUUAAUA